AUGUCGGCAGCAAGCACGUAUGCUUCGACUUUGAGGGCGACGGGUUUCUGCAACGAAUUGUCCGUUGGUGGUACCGACGCCCACAGCGUCAUCAGCCCCAACUCGCUGCAGCUCGACUCGCCGCAUGAAGCGAUGGUGACACUACCAAACCACUUGAAUCUGCUACUGUCCGCGAAGAUCUCGGAGCGUUUGCGGAUACACCGCACUCAAUCACCAGCGACUGCUCAACCUGUGCAACGCUGCUUUAUUUUAUCUGGCCUUCACGAACCCCGCCACACUCGAAGUGCAAUAGAAGUCGGUCAACAAGGUACGCUAACACCUGGUGCAGCCUUGACAACAACUAGCAGAACGCAUGAUCACGCGCGCAGGAGGUAA